AUGAAUGCACUUAUCUUAAUUUUAUGUUUUUAUAUUGGCGGUUAUAGGCCAUCAUUUCAUUUACAUAAUACAGGCGAUUCCUGCGCCAUAUCUGAAUUGCAACGUCAAUGUCUGGAUUCUGUAUUGUCACAGUUUAUUCGUAUUGCCCCACCUUUGUUACCAUGCCCCCAAGGAACUGAUGAAAUUUCAUACAAUUUAAAUGAAGAUGAUGAAUCCAUCAGUCGAACAGUUUUCGACUUUAGUCCUUCAGGGAAAAGACCUAUCAAGAAGUCUAAACCUAUUUAUAACUGGUCAGAGGAACUUAUAUGGCUUAAUCCGAAUAUUGUGGAGCAUGAUUUUCAUUGGAAUAGUAGUAUGGAACUUGUUGAUAUGACAGUUGAGGUAAUUCUUUGA